UUCAGAACUGAAUCAUUAUUUCCAACACACUUGUAUCAUUAUUUAUUUUUAAUAUCAAAUUGUAACAUAACUUGUACACUUUAGAGAUUACUACAAACAUUGUCACAUGACCUGACAAAAUGUCUUCGUAUGCUGAUGAAGACCCGGGGUCUUUUCCAAGGGGUUUUGGAUAUGGUCCAGAUGAGAAUGAUACAGAUAUUCAAGCAGUUGCAACAGAACAAAAACCAAGAAUUUUAUUGAUGGGAUUACCAAGAAGUGGAAAAUCAUCUAUACAGAAAGUUGUCUUUCACAAAGUUUCACCAAAUGAAACAUUAUUCCUAGAAAGUACAAAUAAAAUAGUAAAAGAAGAUAUUUCCAACAGUUCAUUUGUACAGUUUCAAAUCUGGGAUUUACCAGGACAAUUUAAUCCAAUGGAUGCAAAUUUUGAUCCAGAAAAUAUAUUUGGUGGAUGUGGGGCAAUUAUUUUUGUUAUUGAUGCACAAGAUGAAUAUAUGAAUGCAUUGACGAAACUUCAUACCACUGUAGCCAAAGCUUUUAAAAUAAAUCCAGAUAUUAAAUUUGAAGUGUUCAUUCAUAAAGUUGAUGGUUUAUCUGACGACCAUAAAAUAGAAGCACAACGUGAUAUACACCAAAGGGCAUCUGAUAACUUAACAGAUGAAGGAUUAGAAAAUCUUAGAUUAAGUUUUUACCUAACCAGUAUAUAUGACCAUUCAAUAUUUGAAGCCUUUAGUAAAGUUGUACAAAAGUUAAUACCACAGCUUUCAGUGUUAGAAAAUCUCCUGAAUAUACUCACCACACAUUCUGGUAUAGAAAAGGCCUUUUUGUUUGACGUAGUCAGUAAAAUCUACAUCGCCACAGAUAUUUCCCCGGUAGAUAUGCAGUCGUAUGAACUUUGCUGUGAUAUGAUUGACGUUGUCAAUGAUGUGUCGUAUAUUUACGGGAAGGACCACAGCAAAACCAGUUGUGGUAUACUAUCUCGACAGGAUUCUACAGCAACAAAAGAAGAUGGAGCCUUUGAUAGUCAAUCAGCAUCAACAAUUAAAUUAAAUAAUGGUACAAUUUUAUAUCUGCGUGAAGUCAACAGAUAUUUAGCGUUAGUUUGUAUUUUACGGGAAGAUAGUUUUGACAAACAAGGGGUAAUAGACUACAAUUUCCUAUGCUUCCGACAGGCUAUACAAGAAGUAUUUGAGGUCAAACAGAAAGGACAGUUAGUAACGUCAGGUGAAUUUAUCCAGCCGAACGGAAUCAUUAAAUGAAAAUGUAUAUAUAUGUGUAGGGUUUUUAUUUCAAUGACUAGAGACCUCAACUGAUAUUAGCAGAGAGGAUGCAAAAGUGAUGUCACAUUUUUGCCAGUCGAUAAGACUUCUUUGAUUUAAUUUUUAAUGUACAAAUUAACAACAGGCUCUGACUAUCAAAUCUAGAUGGAAACAAUGUCAAAAUUUGUGAAAUUUACUGAAAUCUAAGGAUGGAAAAGUCUAUAGAACUUACUCAAAUCUAUAUGUAAAAAAUAUCUAAAAUUGUCAAACUUACUCAAUUCAAAAUGUAAGUCAUGUCAAAAUUUGUCAAAUCUAAAUAAUGUCAAGAUUUUGUUUUUGUUUUGACUUUUAUAAGCUACAAUGUACUAUCACUUUUGUCAAAUAUCAACAACAAAAAGUGAUAUUCUUGGGGACAAGGGAAAAGUUUGUAACUUGCAUUGUAAAUUCAAAAAAAAAUUUUUUUCAAGAGACAAAUACUUUUUAUAGAUUUUUAAAAGACAUUGUAUUAAUGAUAAAUAAAAUUUUGGAUUUUUUAUGCCCCUGCCGUAGCGGAGGGGGCAUUAAGUUUUACCCUUGUCCGUACGUACGUCUGUCCGUUUGUCCCAAAAUUAGUUUCCGUUCUCUAACUUAAGUUUGCCUCAACCAAAUGUUAUGAAACUUAUACACAAUGCUUAUUACCACAAAACACAGAUCAAGUUUGAAUUUUGGUGGCGUCACUUUUACCGUUCUAGAGUUAUGCCCCUUUACAAAUGGAAAAAUUGCUGAAUUACAUUUCCGUUCUCUAACUUAAAUUUGCCCCAACUAAAUGAUAUGAAACGUAUAAACAAUGCUUAUUACCACAAAACUCAGAUCAAGUACAAAUUUGGGGAGCGUUACUUUUAUCGUUCUUGGGUUAUGUCCCUUUAUAAUGUUAUAUGCAAGCGGGGGCAUUAUCUGUGUCCCAUGGACACAUUCCCCAUUUAUUACAUAUACUAUAUACACGAUAUGGAUGAAUUUGAAUUGUCACAAACAAUUCUUCACCUGCCCCAUUUUGUUUGUGUGUGAAAGAAGGUUGGAGUGGCCUUCAUUGAUUUGCUAUGCCUUCCUACUCAGAAAAAUUGGUAUAACGCUGAGUGAAAAUUAUUUUGAUCAUUUUAAUUUUGAAAUGAGGAGUUUAAAAGUAUUAAAAUGCUAGUUUAUGCUGUGUAUGAUACUUGUUUACAACUUUGUCCUUGCUCAUUGUUGAAGGUAUUAAGAUCACCCGUAGUUGUUAACAUCCUUGUCCUUGGGUCUUUUGGUAAAUAGUCGUCUCUUUUACAAUCACUAGAAAACAACAGCGACAUCGUGAAACAGUGAUUGAAUUUAAGUACCAACGCCUAAUUUUUAGCCUGGAUUUUAGUAUUCGUAUUGUCAUCUGAUAAAGUCGUGCUUAUUUCAAAAUCUUUCUGUUUGAACCCGUCCUGUGCUUUUUGUUUUACUACAUGUGACAUAUACUAUUGGUAUUGGCAUCGGAUUCAACCCAGAACUUUUUAAUUAUAUUGGUAAUAAUAGUUAUGUGGAAAAAAAAAGGGCCUGGAAUGGUGUAAUUUUUAAUCAACAAUAUUGUCUUAUAUUAGUUAUGUAUGAAGUUGAAUAUGCCGGCUAACAAAUUGGCUAACAAAUUGGACCUCGUUAUUUUAGUAGUAUAGAUACCACAUCUCUGUAUUUUGAAUGAUGACUGUUGAAGAAAAUUUGCCUACCCCAAACCAUAAGGGGAGUUCCAGCAGAAACCAAAUUUCUUUUUUGAAUCCAACAUAAUGUGAGCAGUUUUAAUUGUUCAUGUAUUUGAAUUCUUCUUGAGAUAGAUCUCAAAGGAGGAGAUAUGAUAAAAGCCAUUAUUUUGGCCUUCAAAGUUCAAAAAUAGUAUAACUGUUCAAGCCUUUUAAAAUUUGUUUAUUUUAUUGGUAAGUGAACAGGGUGAUAUAAUCCAGACACAUUAGUUCAGAAAUGUGUCGUUAUGACGUUAGACCUAAAAUGGCCAUUUUACUGUAGUUUUUAGUCAAAAUUGAUAAGGGCAGAGGCUAAAAAGAAAUUUUACACAUCUUUGCAUCUAUGUAAAACAAAUCUUGUACCAAAUAUUUUAGGUAAAGGCUUUGCUCAUACACAAAUAUUUAUGACAAGAUCUCAAAAUAAGGCUAUUUUUGCAGUUUCUACAAAUACAAGGACUUAGAAACCCUAAUUCAAACAUGUAAGAUAAAAUUUAAAAGUAUGAUUACUGAUCGAUGGCAGUCUUAUGUCUUAUGAACAUAUUAGUAUAAAAAUAAGGAGAUGUGGUAUGAGUGUCAAUGAGACAACUCUCCAUCCAAGUCGCAAUGUAUAAAAAGUAAACAAUUAUAGGUCAAAGUACGGCCUUCAACACUAAGCCUUGGCUCACACUGAACAGCAAGCUAUAAAGGGCACCAAAAUGAUUAGUGUAAAACAAUUCAAACAGGAAAACCAACAGUCUAAUCUAUAUAAAAAACCAGAAACGAGAAACACUUAUGAACCACACCAACAAACGAUAACCACUGAACAACAGGCUAGGCAUGUUAUUUGGCAGAUUCAUAGUAAAUUUUAAUAUUUGGAAUUCAGGGGGAAAUAAAGCGGCUUUAUCGUACCUUCUCUUAUGGUUGUCCCAGAUUUCUAUAUUUUUAAACUUCUUUCCACUAGUCACAUGAAUGAGAAGGAUGUUUACAUUGUUUUUGUAGUUGCACAAAGAAGUGCUAUUUAUAACAAAGUUGAGUGCUUAAAUGUUUCUGUUGACUGAUAUGCAUUAUUAUUAUCAAGGACUUGUAUUUAUCCUCAACUCUCUUAAUAUAUGCAUGCAAAUUUGUAUUGUAAGUUUUGAAUAUUCAUAGACCAUGUAUUAUGUUGCAUAUUCAUUGUUAUGUUGAAUAUUCAUUGAUUUUAUUAUGAAGUUUAAAUAUUCAUGUAUCAUUGUUAAUCCUACCACAUAAUGAAUGUGAUUGAAUGUUAUUUUUAAUUGUAAGGAUGAAGAUUAUAGUUUAUAUGUUAUAAUGAAUAAUAUGUUAUACAAAAGUUUAUGCAAAUUUUCAUUUGUCAUUAUCAUGCUUUGAUAUUGGAAUGAUUGAAUUUCUAUGAAUAAAUAUCUCAUUUUUUUUAAUAAGUAAAUUAAUCUACUUUGAAAAUGUGUUAUAUAUCUGUCAAUUGUUAUUUUUCAGGAUUACCGGUAUACAUUUUACAAAACCUUAAUAACUUAUUGUCAAACAUCAAAGUUCCAUGAUUUUAACUGAAGCAUCAUUUGAACCUAAAGUUUUAUUUUUGUAAAGCCUAUGAAAUUGGAACUUCUCAUAAAGAAUCACUGAACAGGUUUCUUGGCCUAGUGCAAGUUUCAAAUAAAUAUUUUAAUGUUUUUUUUUAAAGAAAAUGGUUAAGGUUGUCCUUGAAAGAACCCCAUUGCCACCCCUCUAAAAUGUGGUGCUGAUAUAUAUGUUUAUAUAUAACAAAGCAAAGACCAGCUUUACAAGGUCACAAAAUAAUUCAUUAUAAUUUAAUUUCACAACUGUUAUUCCUGUAUCUUCCAUUUUGAGCAGAAAUACCAGCAUUUAAGUUUUUAUUUUUGUUAUUUUCGCACAUGGGAUUACAUUUUUAUUAUUUAUUAUUUUUAAGAAGAAACAAAUGGGCACAAGAUUCGUUUUGCAAUAUAAUGUUAAGCUUACAUAAAUUCUUUAUAUCAUAGAAAAGUAAUUGUUUUUCAUGAACAUCUCGCUUAUAUUUAAAAACAAAGUUAGAUAACAAAGCGUUUAAGUUUAAAACAAAAGGAAAUAAUAGAGUGUUAUAUUUAAAAACAACGGGAGAUAAAUAACAAAGUGUUAUAUUUAAAAAACAAAGGAAGAUAACAAAGUGUUAUAUUUAAAAACAAAGGGAGUUAAUAAAGUGUUAUAUUUAAAAAACAAAGGGAGGUAACUUAUUCAAAUCAGCUAAAACUAAAAUUGUGAUAUGUUUCCUUACAUGAACAUACAAUAUGAAAAUUAUUUAGCAAUUGUAUUACAUACAUCAAUCAUGCAACUGAAUUUUAAAUUGAAAUCAAUUUUUUGAUGUCCAGUUUUGAUCGUAUUUUAUUGAAAUUUUUUGUGUGAUUAAUGUUUUAUGUUCAUUGUUGCAUAGCAGUUGACUAUGCCUUCAGAACUGAUGUAUUAUUUUCAAAUAUAGAUUUUUUAUUGAAAUUUUCUUUGAUAGCGUAACAACUUAUCAAAACAUUUUCAGUAGUGUGUUUAACAUAUAAAACUUCAUGAAAACUAUUAGUCAGUAAAGUGAAAUAAUUAUUUACAAGAGGACAUGUGGAAUCCCCAGGGCAAGCAGGAACACUUUUUAAUAGUAAAUUGAUUAUCCAUCAUUUUUUUUCCAUUUAGAAAAUGGUCAAAAGGCUUAGGGUUAAAAUUGCAUAAAAUGUCGGUCUGCUCAAUUGAAUCAUGAGGCCAAGAAAUUUCUCCAGAAGUAAUGAAAUAAAUUGUAGAAACAUUAUUAACAAGUCAUUUUCAAAGCGAGACACGGUUCAAAGCACUUACUGUAAACCAACUAAUUUUUAUGGACUUUCACAAGUAGAAAUAUAAAUCUAUUAUAAAUCGUCAAGAAUGUUAGAUUUCGAUCUUCUCUUAUAUGAAAACAUCAAUAUGAUUUGAAAAUCGUGAAAAAAUAAAUAUCUGUGAAUUUGAAUAGAAAGGGCUAAAAGCCAAAUAAAUUGUGCAUAUUUUCCACAUUUAGCUUACCUGAAGAAGGUAAUUGUAAACUUUUACCUUCAAAUGCAAGAAGCUUGAAACCCUCAAAUCUGUAAGAUGAAAUUAAAGAAUAAAAUCCUGAUGUCUGAUUAGCCUUGUGAGUCAGAAGGAUUUUUUUAUAGAUUUAUAAUACUUUUUGAUUUUGUAAUCCAAGGGGCUAAAAAGUACUCUUAUCAUACCUACUUCUGCGCCCCUCCCCUUUAAACCUAUAAACAUGAGCAUAUAUGUUUGUUAUGUGUACUCAUUUUGUACAUAACAAGUAAAAGUUGUAUAUUGUGUUUAUAAUAAUUGUAUGGUGGCAUGAUAUAUGAAAUUAUGUAAAUAAUCAUGUGAUGGAAUGUCAUUUUUAUAAAGAAUUAAAAUGUAAAUAAACUUU